AUGCCAUCAUUAAACGCACAGCGGUCCGUACAGCAAUAUUUUCAUCUAACUGGACUACCGUAUUCUAGUCCACAACUGCCAGCAACUCCUCAUACCACUACAUCCCACAACAUAGUUACCAGUCCAGCAACCAGCCAGGCAAUUCCCGCAACUGGGCUACCUUCAUUGGCAGCUCUUUCAUUACCCAGCCUGAUAGUUGCAGCAACACAACCACAAACAGAACCAUGCGAAUUACCAAGUCCAAAAGAUUCGAACAUUGACGGAAAACUGCUCAAUAAUUUAGCCAUAGCAUUACAGAUGCUAAUAUUGAGCAAUAUUUUGAAUACAAGUCCUACAGAUAAAGCAUCUGAUGUGUGUAAACCGAAAAUUGCUGAGUCACCUCAAAAUAAUUUCAGCCCAACUCCAACUACUUAUAGCCAAACUCAUAGCCCAACUGAACCCAGUUACAGUCCAUUUCAACUCAGUUACAGCCCACCUCAAACUAGCUAUAGUCCACCUCAAACUACAUAUAGCUCCCAGCCGAGUUAUGGUCAGCCUCAAUACAGUUACACUCAACCUCAAAGCAGUUAUAGUUCGACUCAAAAUACUUAUGGUCAAAAUCCGAAUAGUUAUAGCCCAACUCAAAGCAAUUAUAGCCCACCUCAAACUGAAUAUUAUGUAUCUCAGCCCGAACAAAUACUGCCAAGUGGUAAUCUUGUAAGUAUCUCUAAUUUUGUUGAACCAAAACUAGAGCAAACAUUAAAACGCACUCGAAAUAAUUUUGAUUUUGUGUCACCGUAUGAAGCUUUGGCUAAAUCUUAUUCAGACUCAUCCUCAACAUAUAUGCCUUCGGUUUCCAGGCGAGAUUUCCAAUCACCUUACACAAUGAUAGAUACAAAUAUGGAUUUCUUUCCAAUGAAUGAUUUGUUUUGA